AUGCUAUCGUCUCUCUUCCCACUCCGUCUCUAUGCUAUCGUUUCUCUCUCCUCUUUUUGCUUCUUUCUAUUUUCGCUUGAUUUAUUAAUUUUGAAUUCUUUCCACUCUUUGCUUUUUUUCUUAAACUUUCGAUCCUCUUCAUUCUUUUUCAUCACUCUUUCGUUCCUUUCUUUGAUUUCUAUCAUAUCUUUCUUUUUUCUCCUCUUUCUUCCCCAUCUUAUCUUCCUUCUUCAUUGUUAUAUACUUGUUCGUUUUCUUUUCUUUCCUAAUUCAUCUUUCUUCUCUAUUUUUCUUUCUCAUGUUAACGUUCUCUCUUAUCUUGUUAUUCCAUCAUUUUCUUUCUUUUUUUGUCAUUUUCUUUCUUUUUUUGUCAUUUUCUUUCUUUUUUUGUCAUUUUCUUUCUUUUUUUGUCAUUUUCUUUCUUUUUUUGUCAUUUUCUUUCUUUUUUUGUCAUUUUCUUUCUUUUUUUGUCAUUUUCUUUCUUUUUUUUCUUCUCUUCUCCAACUGAUCAUGCACUUAAUCCUUUUCUUUCUUUCCUAUUAUAUCGUUCUUACUUUCUUUCAUGGUCAUAUUGUCUUUCUCUUUUACUUGCCUAUUCUUCUUUUUCUAUUUUUUUUCUUCUUUUUCUUUUGUCUUUUCUAUUUUUCUUUUCAUUCGGCUCAAUUUAAUCAUGAAAAGUGGGGGAAUGCGCACUCUUAUUCUUUCAUUCGGUCUUUCACUCACUCACUCUCUCUCUCUCGCUUUCACUCUCUCUCUCUCUCGCUUUCACUCACUCUCUCUCUCUCUCGCUUUCACUCACUCUCUCUCUCUCUCUCUCGCUUUUCUCCUCUCUCUCCUCUCUCUCUCUCUCUCUCUCUCUCUCUCCGCUUUCCUCUCUCUCUCUCUCUCUCUCUUUCCUCCUCUCUCUCUCUCUCUCUCUCCUUUCACUCUCUCUCUCUCUCUCUCUCCUUUCACUCCUCUCUCUCUUCCUCCUCCUCUCUCUCUCUCUCUCUCUUUUACUCACUCUCUCUCUCUCUCCUUUUCCUCACUCUCUCUCUCUCUCUCGCUUUCACUCACUCUCUCUCUCUCUCUCGCUUUCACUCACUCUCUCUCGAUUUCUCUCUCGCUUUCUCUCUCGCUUUCUCUCUCGCUUUCACUUUCUCUCUUUAA